AUGGCGAAAUCUGGGUCCUUUAUGAGGAUGCUCAAGAACUCGGAUGAGGUGCGCUCCAGAGUUUUUGUCAAAGGUGUUGAGAGUUUUUCGAGGAAGAAGCAGUCGUAUCAGCAUCCUCACGGAAUUAUCGGAGCUGGUCACAACGGUCUGCGCCAG